CCGGGUUACUACAACGGAAAUACUUGUGGCUCUCAGAAAGGCGGAUCCCUCUCAGCCACUUUGCCUUUCAGAACUUCUUUUGAGCCUGUUUCUACCUGUCAUUCACCGGCGGGUCCCCGUUAAACGCCAAAUCCUCCUGAAAUCGCUUCCUCGGGUGUUGAGACGACAUCGUGUUCAGUCGAGCUCCGCGGCGGUGCUCACUGCGACGACUGGGAGAGUUUUCCAGCUCUAACGUUAGCUAGCUAACUUUUAACGCACUAGCAUUCAACUUGACAACUGCCCUGCAGCACCACAGGGAAGGAACAACACCGUAGCAAACACAGGAAGAUGGGAGAUAAAGAUCAAUUGGUGUGGGCAUUGCAGACCGGGGACCUGGAGGAGGUUAAAGCCAAAGUCAUAACGGCUGAAGAUGCAAACCGGACCCUGCAAGGUGGAAGGAUGCCGCUGCACUACGCCUCAGACUACGGCCAGACAGAUGUGGUGGAGUUCCUCAUUUCUAAAGGAGCAAACGUCAAUGCUGUAGACAAACACGGGCUCACUCCACUGAUGUCUGCCUGUUACGAGAAUCACAUCUCCUGUGUCAAGGUCCUGCUAGAAAAGGGAGCUGACAAAGACCGAAAAGGACCGGACGGCUGCAGACUCUUUGAAGUUGCCGAGAGCGAAGCCAUGAAAGCUCUGCUCAAGUGAGACACCACAGUGUGGGAGGUGGCUGGACAGGUGGGUGAACGGACAGACAGAUGGAUGCAGUGGUGCCCUGACAGAAGGUGGACUCGCCCCUUUAACCCCGAUCAACCUCUGUCUUAACACUGCUUUUGUCUGUUUGUUGGAGGGUCAUUUUGUCUGUCUGGUGAUUUUCCUUUACCUUGUUUAUUAUUUUUCUUUCUUUUUCUUUUUUUCCCCAACUUUUUGGGGUUAGGAUUUACUCUUCCUUUUGGCCUCUGUUUCUAGCCAUUUAACAGAAGGACUUGUCAAUUACGUCUCCCUUAGGGACCACUGGGGGGAGCGCCCUCGCACCUGGAUCCUAAAACACUGCUCAGACUAGAAAUCACUCAGUAAUGUAAACGCAAAAGCUCAGCACCUAAAUACACAUUUCUCAGUUGCAGUUCUCUCUUGAAACGGUAAAGAAAUCAAAUGGUAAUAGAUCAGCAGUGUGUUAACUUUUUUUUUACAACUUCUGUAUAAGUAUUGUAUGGCGAGGGCUUAAUCUCAUGAACAGUAAUUGCACUGUACUAUACUAGACUGAAAAGAAAGGUCGUAAACUUCACUAUUUGAACCUUUCGGUGUGUGUGGCCUCUUCCUCUCCCUUGAUUUGUUUUUUUAAGUGACCCAAACUGUCCCUCCAAUCCUUGGAAUUUUGCAAAACGUUGGUUAAGAGAGGUCCAGAGGUCAGCUUUUCCUUUUCUACUUGGCAUAUCACUUACAUAUCAGAUGGUGUUUUUUGACUAAUUUUACGUUGGCAAUGCAUUAAAAGAAAAAGAGAUAUUCUGUGUUCUUUGACCAAUCACCAUGCUGGCUACUAGAAAGACUUGAAUGUUGCAAUUUUAAAAAAAUAAAUCUGUUACUGAAUCCAUUUUGAAAGCAAUGUUAACGGCACUUAAUAGAAUAAGGAAUUUUAGAGAUUUGUUCAUUUUGUCAUCCCUAGAGUGAGAUUUUUCGAGCGAAGAUUCCCUUUUUUGUUGCAGCUUCUCUGUGUAUUUUGUAUUUGACAGGUUUUGGGGGCUCUGAGUGAUGGUUAAUGGGGGUUAGAGUUUGUAACUGGAUGGUGGGGGCUGUUAGUAUUCCCCUUGCCUUGGAUUUGGUUCGAAGCCCAGCCUGUUUUGCUGCAUGUCAAAACUGCCUCUGCUUUUACGCUAUGAAAUGGUUGCUGGUCCUCUCUUGGUUGCUUUAAAAAAAUGAAUUACUACAAUGUAAUGGACAAAAAAAGAUGCUCUUGCUGACUUUGUUGUGACAAAAAGUCUGUAAAAACAAAUAAAAAGAUCUAUAAAAAUGUU